UAAUAACUCACUGCAACUGAUAGUCAAGGACAGAAGAGGAGCCCAGACCUGGGAUGGCACCAUGCUGUACCCUCUGCUCUGCAUGUUUGCAUACUGAUGGCCUUCUGGAUCUCAUGGAGAAAGUCCGCAUCUCCCUGGGGCAGUGCUGCAAGCAGGGCAGACUCAUGCAUUCUCUGAGCUCCAGUUGCUGUGGGAGAAGUGAAUUAUCCUAAGUCUGUCUGUGAUGCAGAUAUUCUAGGAAACACGGUGUGUAGCAGUCACAGCCAUCCUCCACCCAUUGCCGUCAUGUCACUUCUGGGUAAGCCGGUCAUCUACUAAUCUGAAUUAUUCCUUCUAGGUUCUCUACAGAGUCCUUUGGUCAGGAGUAACAGGAAAAGAAGAGAGGUCAUAUCCUGUUCUCUGUCAUUUUGUGGUAACAUAUCAUUAUAUGAUAUGGCACACCAGGGCACUGCUGUUAUUGGGGUUCUGGGUACUUCACAAGAACCUCUGACACAGCACUUUUUCCAUUGUGUCAUGUCUUUCAGCAAUGUUUCUGGUGUGUUUCCGUCCUUGCUCACUGUGUCUAUAAAUGAGCUGAACCCAGGAAUCCCACAUCAGGCACAGCAAGACCUGCAGCAGUUUGGCCUGACUCCUAUAAUUUAUCUACUACUACGAUUUAUCUCCACCCAACAGGAGCAUGAAGACCUCCACAGCUGCCCUUGCUGUACUCCUUUUGGCUGUCCUCUGCUAUCAGGUCUCCUCUUCUCCAGAGGCUGUCAAGUUUGGUCGUUCCUGCUGCCACCGGUAUGCAACCAAUGAAGUUCCCUCGCACCGCGUGGUGACGUACGAAUAUGCAGGCAGGCACUGCCACCUGCCAGCCGUGAUAUUUACCACAGGCCAAGGUAAGAGGGUCUGUGGCAGACCUGGUGAUAAGUGGGUCCAGGACAUCCUGAAUCACCACAACAACGCAGGCAGUGGAUAAGCAACACGCUGCUUCCUCCAAGCAUCACCUCUUCAAGGACCUACUCUCAUGGGCACCUCUGAGACACAUCCCUGUUUUCUUAUUACUCCUGAAUUUGGCAAACUAUUUAAUACAGUGUUCAGCUCUUUAAGUUA